CUGCGGCUCUACCUCAGGCAUGUACCUCGUACGUACCCUGGGUACCGAAUAAUUGCAUGCUUUGUGCAUGCAGCGAGAGAGGCACGGGCGGAUGGCGUAAAUGUGCGAGGGCGCCCCUUAUCUCGUCAGCUUAUCAGCCACUCGUCAUCUUGUCCGCCCCUAAUCCCGAAUCAUGACACCGACCUGAGACUGGUUCCCCGUCCCUUCUCGGAGGGGACAUUGCCAUCUCGGAAGCUCCUCUUAGCUCCCUCAACCCAUCCUCUAACUUGACCUAUCCAUCAUCACUUUUGUCCUCUUUGGUUCCUUACUUUGGAAAGCAUCUAUUACCUGUCUAGUCUUCGAAUGUAGAGAAGGAGGGUGUGCAUUGGACUAGCCUUCUUCUAGUCUCCGCCUGUCUUGUUGCUGCCUCUGAUUCCGUCACGAGACCCCGAUCUGAGAGCGCUGUAAUCGCCCGCGGUUCGAGUCGCCAUGACGUCCAGGGCGCUCGUCCCCUUCUUGGUGGGCAUGAUGUUGCUCACCGGGGUCUGCAACACCCUCUUGACCAAGUACCAGGAUAACCAAUGUGUCCGGAAUUGCGACGACCCCGACCCCGCGAAGCGCCGGUUCUUCGAGCAGCCCGUGCUGCAGACCGCCCAGAUGUUCUUCGGCGAGGCCGGCAUCUGGCUCGUCGUCGGCCUGAGGGUCGCGUACCAGCGCUUCGCCGAGUGGAGGGCAGCCGCUGCCAAGGGGUACCAGCCGAUUGCCAGCAGCGACGCCGCCGCCGCCGGCCGCGCCAGUGGUGACGACGACAACGACGACGCCGCUAGCGUCACCUCCGAGAACGCGCUCAUCCAGCCCUCGACGAAGCGCCGCCGCGCGUCCCGCGGUCCUGACGGCCUGCUGAAGGGCUUCGGCAUCCUGCUCCUGGCGUUGCCCGCCUUCAGCGACAUCAUCGGCACCACCCUCGUCAACGCCGGCCUGCUCAUGGUCGCCGCCUCCAUCUACCAAAUGACGCGGGGCGCCCUCGUCCUGUUCGUCGGCCUGUUCAGCGUCGUCUUCCUGCACCGCAAGCUGCACCUGUUCCAGUGGGUGUCCCUCGUGGGCGUCGUCGCCGGCGUCGCGCUCGUCGGCCUCGCCAGCGUCAUCUGGCCCGACACGAGGGUCAAGGUCGUUGGCCAGGUCCUGGGCCAGGCCAUCGAGGACGCUACUACCGACGACGCGCUCCGUGCUGCCCUCGGCGUCACCUUGAUCGCCGGCGCUCAGAUCUUCACUGCCACCCAGUUUGUCCUCGAGGAGUUCCUGCUCGAGCGCUCCAACAUCGAGCCCAUCGAGGUUGUCGGCUGGGAGGGCCUGUUCGGUCUCGCCGCCACCCUGCUCGGAAUGCUCGUGCUGCACCUCACCAUCGGCAGGACCGACGCCGGCCGGUACGGCAUCUUCGACAUGGUCGAGGGCUUCCGCCAGAUGACGGAGUACCAGGUCGUCUGGUCCACCAGUCUCCUCAUCAUGGUCUCUAUCAGCGGUUUCAACUACUUUGGUUUGUCGGUGACGCGCAACGUCAGCGCAACGUCGCGGUCGACGAUCGACACGUGCCGGACGCUGUUCAUCUGGAUCGCCUCGCUGGGGCUCGGCUGGGAGACGUUCAAGUGGCUGCAGGUCGUCGGGUUCGCGCUGCUCGUCUACUUCACCUUCCUGUUCAACGGCGUCGUCUCGCCGCCUUUCAAGUUCCUCCGCCCGGCCGACGACGAGCCCGUCGAGGAGCUGCUCCCCGAGGAGCCCAUCGAGCACAACUAGAGCCGGACUGGUCGAUAGCUACGACGCGGGCUUACUGCUCGAGCGGCUUGCUGGUUAACGUAAAUAUGCUUACUCGCCGGCAUUCGUCCGCGGGGCCCUAGCACGAGCGCGACGGGCCCGGCUCGGGUCACUCAUUUUGGAAGAGAGCGAGGGCAGGCUGCGUGUUCGAAUAGGGGUUGCCGAGCGCUCUUUUAUCGCUGUCGUCUGAGGGUAGGGAGGUGUUGUUUGUGUCUGUGUUCCUGCAUCAUCUCUGGGCGUUGGAAGGCGUUGUCAUAUAUAUUUUCGCCGUCAAUCCUUGUUUUUGGCCGGGGGGGGGGAACCUCUGCUGUCUCCAUUAUUGUGUACCAACACGAGGGUUAUGGCCGAACGCGCUCCCCCCACACACACAUCCGCUUAAUCGACCUUUUCUAUUCCGAUUUGCGUCGUUUGCUUCCACGCUUGCUACUACCUACUACUAGCCACUGCCGACGCUCGCCCGCCUUUGGAUAGGAUAACGAGAUAGAAUUCUUUGCUUUUCUUUUCUCUCUUCGUAUGGCUAAGGCUGGGGGGAGUCUUUUUCGGAUGGGUUUGUACCGCUACGCUAGACAUACACGCACGGGAACGUUGGAAUCAAAUCAGUUUGCCUAGUUUGCCUAGCUACUCUCCCCCUUUUACGGGG